AUGAGUCGCAGCCCUGAGAGGAUUUCGUCCUACCGACGCCACUUUGAGGACAGCAGCAGCUCAUCCUCCUACCAGGUUAGGGUGUCCAGCCCAUCCCCAACCCGGAGAGUUAACCGCCACCAGUCAGCCAGCUACUCACGCAGUGCCGGAGCCAGCGGUAUGCAGGCCCAGACCAUGGGCAGAAGGACCGUCUCCACCUCACGCAACGCCCGCAUGGCUGGCGGCAAUGUGGGAACCAUGGCAUGUGUGGGCUAUGGCAACGGGGCCCCGGUGGACCUGGACGCAUCUGCCGCGGAGAACAAAGUAUUCCUCAGCACGCGCAGUGGUGAGCGGCAGGAGAUGGUCGUACUGAAUGACAGACUUGCUGUUUACAUUGAGAAGGUUCGAUCCCUGGAGCAGCAGAACAAGCUGUUGGAGAUGGAGAUUGACGGCAUCCAGAACCGGUUCGUGAAGCCGUCGGGCCUGCGCAAACUCUAUGAGGAUCAGCUGAGAGAUCUGAAGAGGAUUGCAGAUCAGAUGAGAAUGCAGCGGGACCAAGCCUUAGCUGGCAAAGAGGCCAUGGCAGGUCAACUGGAGAUAACCAAAGUCAAAUACGAGGAGGCGGUUGAGCUGAGGAGGCGGGCCGAGAUGGAGAUAGAAGCAUUCCGUCCGGAUGUGGACAGAGCCACCUCUCAGCGCAUCGCCCUGGAGAAACAGCUGGAGCAGUUGGAGGUGGAGAUUGAAUUCCUUCAGAGGGUGCAUAAAGCGGAAAUUGAAGAGCUACUGAAAAUGAUAUAUGCUGCCCAUUCCUCAGCCCAGAGCGCUUAUGACCUCCCCGACAUCUCAGGCGCUCUCAAACAAAUCCAAGCUCAGUAUGACGAAAUUGCGGCAAAGAAUUUACAGGAAAUGGAUUCCUGGUAUAAAAGUAAAUUUGAAGACCUGAACAGCAAGACGACAAAACAUGUGGAUAUAGUUCGAAGUGUCAGGGAAGAAGUUGCUGGCGCCAAGAAGGAUAUCCUAAACAAAGAGCGUGGCCUGGAAGCUCUGAUGACCAAGAAUGAGGCUCUGGAGGCACAAAUUCGUGAAGCACAGGAAAAGUACAAGAAAGAGCUGGAGGACCUUCAGGCAAGAAUUGAGGCCCUGAAGGAGGAGCUGAAAUCCACCAAGUCAAAGAUCGCUCUGCACCUGCGUGAAUACCAGGACCUUCUGAACAUGAAGAUGGCUCUGGAGAUUGAGAUCACAACUUACAGGAAGCUGAUUGAGGGCGAGGACUUGCGACUCACAACCAUGGUUGGGACCAUGUCCAUAAUGAGUAGCAGCUCAAGCUCCAUGAGCGCUGGGAUGAGUGUGGGCAUGGCUGGAGGCAUUGGACCUGGAGGCAGUGGUGGAGGAAUGGGUGGAGGAAUGGGUGGAGCUGGAAGCUUAGGUGGAGGCAUGGGUGCUGGAGGGAUGGGAGCUGGAGGCAUGGGUGCAGGAGGCAGGGGUGGAGCUGGAAGCCUUGGUGGAGGAAUGGGUGCUGGAGGAAUGGGUGCUGGAGGGAUGGGAGCUGGAGGAUUGGGUGCAGGAGCCAGGGGUGGAGCUGGAAGCAUUGGUGGUGGAGGAAUGGGAGCUGGAGGAAUUGGAGCCAAAGGCGUGGGUGCUGGAGGCGUGGGUGCUGGAGGCCUAGGAGCUGGAAGCACAGGUGCUGGAGGAAUGGGUGGAGGCAUGGAUGGUGGAGGAAUUGGUGCUGUAGCCAGUGGUGCUAAAGGCAUGGGUGCUGGAGCCAUGGGUGCUGGAGGCAAUGCUGAAGGCAUGGGCGAAGGCAUGGGAAAAGGUGCAGGUGAUUAUGGGUACGGCGCCUCCAUGGAGUACUCCCACGAGGAGCAGGCAGUGGAGAUGACAGAGAGGAGGACGGUGCUCAUCAGGUAA